AUGUCAAAUAAAAUUAUAAAACAACAAUUAAAAAUUUUAAAUGGUGAGGAAUUAAGAGUAAAUAAAAGAUUUCAAAAAUUAAAGUCACCUCUAAAUAAAGUUAUCGAAAAUAAAGUUGAUCAAGAUGAAGUUUUAAAAGAAAAUUUAAAAUUAUUACAAAAGAAAAAGGUAAUUAAAACCGAAUCAAAAGCAGCACAGAAAAAGAGAGAUAUAAUUAAUUCAAAUAUUGAAAAAGAGAACUCUAAAAUCCAAGAAAAGAUUCGUAUGAACAAAAGAUUACAAAAACAAAAGAAGGAAAAAAGAAGAGCACAGGAGAUGUUUUCUGUACAAAUGCAUUAG